AUGGAAUCCUCCCAUAUCACCGGGGAUGAUGGCGAGGGCUGCAACAGCAGUGAGUCUGGGUGGACAAUGUACCUGGUCUCCCCCAUGCAAAGCGGCGACGACGACGAUGGUGGUAGCCGCAAGGGAAGCGGCAGCGAUGGAAGCAAUGUCGAUGAUGGCUAUGGCUACACUUACCUCGUCCGUGGCAGGAAAGGAGGCAAGGAAUACUACCAGCAGGAUGAUGGCGAUGACAACGACUCCCUUGCCUCUGAUGCUUCGACUGGACCAGCCAAGGUCAAGGUGCAGCCCUCGUCGCCUGACGGCAAAGAGAGGCAAGGCCAUCGAAAGGACGGUGACAACCACGGCGAGAAGCGGGAGGAGGACGAGGAAGAAGAAGACAGGCACACCAGGUUCUCAACGAGCUCCCGCAAGAAAGCCGGCAACAAGGCAGAGAAAGGGGGCGAGGGGAAGUCAUCCAAGAAGAAGGGAAGCUCCUCAAGGACAAGCUUCUUUUGGUAA